ACCGACCGGCCGCUGGAGCAAACCUUCCCAAGCCGGGCGGGCUGUCAGUCGCGGCGCGGCCGUGCGGAGGCGGAGGCGGAGGCGGAGGCGCUCGGGCCCGGGGGUCGCGGCUGCUCCCGGCGAGACGGCGGCGGGUCCCGAGAUGUCUUUCCGCCGGGGCGUCUCGGCGGAGUUUCUCUUCUAGCAGCAGGUGUCCGCGUCUAGGUCAGCAGCUAUGGGCUCUGUUGGAGCGGAUCGCUUCAAGGAUCUCAGCCCUGUGGUGACCCCGGAGGGGAACGUGGUGAUGAGCUUCAGCUUCGACAGCUACCAGUUGGAGGAGGAAGAGCUCCAGGCAAAGGGGAACCAGGCAAAGGGGGUCCUUACCUUCAUGGAGCCAGCUUCUGAGGACCCUGAGCCGCAGGACCAAUACCAUGGAAUUUACUUUGCCAUGCUGCUGGCAGGAGUGGGCUUCCUCCUGCCCUAUAACAGCUUUAUCACCGACGUGGACUACCUGCAUCAUAAAUACCCAGGAACAUCCAUCGUGUUUGACAUGAGCCUCACCUACAUCCUGGUAGCCUUGGUUGCAGUCAUCCUGAACAACGCCCUGGUGGAGAUGCUGAGUCUGCACACCCGGAUCUCCGUGGGGUACCUGUUCGCCCUGGGUCCCCUUCUCUUCGUCAGCAUAUGCGACGUCUGGCUGGAGCUCUUCACCCGCCGGCAGGCGUAUGCCAUUAACCUCAUCGCAGUCGGGGUGGUGGCCUUCGGCUGCACAGUGCAGCAAUCCAGUUUCUAUGGCUACACCGGGAUGUUGCCCAAGCGCUACACUCAGGGGGUGAUGACUGGUGAGAGCACCGCUGGGGUCAUCAUCUCCCUGAGCCGCAUCUUCACCAAGCUCCUGUUGUCGGAUGAGAAGGAGAACACCAUCAUCUUCUUCUUCAUCUCCAUCGGCAUGGAGCUCAUGUGCUUCAUCCUCCACUUGCUGGUGAAGCGCACGCGCUUUGUCAGGUACUACACAGCCUGCUCCCGAGAGCGGGGCCCCGACGGCAAAGGGGUGCCGGACCGGGGGACUGGAUACAGGGUGCACCACGACGUCACCACGGAGGACGUCCGAUUUGAGAACCGGCCUCGUGGGCUGGCCGGCUCCCCGACAGGCAGCCUGGGGCACGAAACCGAGCUGGCCGGCAGUGGGACCUACAUGAGGUUUGAUGUCCCACGACCAAAAAUCAAAAGGACCUGGCCCAGCUUCAGAGACAUGAUGCUCCACCGCUACGUCGUGUUCAGGGUGAUCUGGGCCUACAUGCUCUCCAUAGCCAUGACCUACUUCAUCACGCUGUGCCUCUUUCCUGGGCUGGAGUCGGAGAUCCGCAACUGCACUCUCGGGGAGUGGCUCCCCAUCUUAAUCAUGGCUAUCUUCAACCUCUCCGACUUCGUAGGCAAGAUCCUGGCUGCCCUGCCCUAUGACUGGAGAGGGACCCACCUCCUCAUCUACUCCUGCCUCAGAGUGAUUUUCAUCCCUCUCUUCAUCAUGUGUGUGUACCCUAACGGGAAACCGGCUUUUGGGCACCCUGCGUGGCCCUGCAUCUUCUCCCUCCUCAUGGGCAUCACCAACGGGUACUUCGGCAGCGUCCCCAUGAUCCUUGCUGCUGGCAAAGUGGGCCCCGAACAGCGAGAACUGGCAGGUAACACCAUGACAGUGUCCUACAUGACCGGCUUGACUCUGGGCUCUGCCGUUGCCUACUUUGCCUAUACCCUCACCAGCACGUCUCGCAGUUCCUGCUUCCACACCCAAACCUACAACAGCUCUUUCACGGCAGGGUACUGAGCGGGCGACGUGGCGGGGGCCGCACGAGCUCUGUGACUGGUGGGUCGGGUUUAUGGGCGUGAGAGCGAAGGGACCAGCAGAUCCUUGGCCUGGGAAGGAGAGAGGAAUGGGAAUGAACUGCCCUGUGUCUAAUCAGUCAGUUCCCAUUCGAAAUGGGAUCCCUGAAACACUUAAUGCCCUAAGAUGGAGUGACCUGCAGGUGUCUGAGAUGGCGAUGGGCUCCUCUUGAGCAGAACCCAAUGCGCAUCUGCACCAGGUUAAAGGAAGGGAAGGGAAAACACCAAACCUGGAAAGCAGCCCCUCAAGCUGGGAGUGACGUUGGCCUCCAAAGCAGUGCAGAAGGGUGUGGGGGGCCACGCAGAUCCCAAUAUUUAGGGCCUGCCCCUGGCUGUGCUGAAGCAAGCUCUGUCUAGGCCUAGCUCCAUCUCCAGCGGCGGCACCCUGCCCUGGUCUCGGGGGGCGUGGGAUAGCAGGUGAGAACUUCACAGAGCUGGCAGGUGGGCACUAGAGGGGAGUGGGCUAGCACGUGCCUGGUGUAACCCCACUCAACGCUGUGGUGUUAAACCAGGAAUAAGGUUGGCCCUAGACAGUGGCAUGUCCACCUUCGGGUUACUUUCACUCAUGGUGGCCUGCUUGGGCUUGGGUGGGCUUUGCACUGGUGGUACCUGGAGAACGUGCACACGGCCAACCGGCCAGCUGAGGGCAGGUCUAAAUCCUGGAGGACCCUUGCACCCAGGAGUCUGGCCAAAGUGUACAGCUGCCCUUGAGGAGGGGAGGAAAGACAGCCCUCUGCUCCAUCCCUGGAGGGUACAGCGGCAAAGACCUUCCCUGGAUGUAGUUUUGGGGUUCUGUGUCCCCCCACCCCAGCCCGGAAAGGAAGAGGGACGUGGUUUUGAUGGAUGCAGCGGAUCAGCCCUGCUCAUCCAUCCAAGACAACCUCAGACAUUUGUCCUGGUCCUCAGCCCAAACCUAUAGGCACCAGAGGGGAAACGCACCCUCUGAAAACAUCCCUGUGUACCACCACCCCAUCACCUCGAUGCGCAGCCCGGAGUCGGCACAGCCACUAUCUUUGUAGUGUGUACCACGUCUGGUUAGGGGGCAAGGGACAGCACUGCCUGGCCGUGUACCUGUUGGCACAGCUCCCUGAGCUAACACAACGUGUUGCUAGUGUGAACCUGCAAUACGUGUGUUGUGGGUUUGGGGGCGGAGAGGAGAGGAGCAGGCAGGGGAGUUGCAAAGAAGAACUGAAACGUGUCUACAUCUGUAGGUUUCUUUUCUUCUUUAAAUCCCCCUUCCAGGAGCUGCGGAGCAAAUCUGGCAAUACUCAGUGUUUUCCUUUUAAUUAAAAACAUUGAGCGUUUCCAGGCACCCACAUGGGAGAGCUUGAACACAUGAACCCAAAGGGCUGAGAAGAUCUUGAAGGAUCCCUAGUGCUGGUUUACCCCCAUGCUUUUAAACCAUGUUAUUCUGAACCUGUUUCCUUGACUGGGGAGGCUGGUCCAUUCUCGCUGAACUCUUGAUGGUCCCACAGCUCUGCCCAUCUCCUUCCUCCCUCUCUGAAUUGCAGGGUGGCAAAUAUUGUGUCCUUUCAUCUGCUUGAUAGAGCUAGAUGGUGCAGACCAGCCUAGCACAGGCAGAACGACAGAGAAAGCCAAGCUACGUUAGUUGGCCAAUUGAUGCUCUGCAGAACGUAUCGUACAGCACAAUGAUGAGAUCCAUCACCUCCCACCCCCCCCCCCGCUUCAAAUGGGAGUGUAGCUAAUUUUAUAACACUUUAAAUAUGUUUUAUAGGCUGUCAUGUUCCUUUUUAAAAAAAAUACAGGAGUGGCUGCAGAAGCUGUUUAUGGCAGAAUCAAUAGACUCAUUUUUCUCCCAUUGGGGGAAAGCAAAACCUUUUUGAACGUAGUUUUCCAGGGGUUAGUGUUUAUCUUUAAUGGCCUGGUUGUCUGCAAAAAGCCACAGCCAUUGCGCUCAGAUUUCAUAGACAUUAGGGCUGGAAGGGACCUCGCAAGAUCAUCGGGUCCAGCCCCCUGCCCCAAGGGGCAGGAAGUCAGCUGGGGUCAAAUGAUCCCAGCAAGAUAGGCAUCCAAAUGUUUCUUGAAAGUGCCCAGAGUAGGUGCCUGCACCACUUUGGGGGGGGAGUCUGUUCCAGACGCUCGGGACUUGGACAGUAAAGAAGUUUUUUUUCUUAUGUCCAGCCUGAAACGGUCUUCCUAGAGCUUGUGACAGUUAGACCUUGUCUUCCUUGGGGCGCUCUGGUGAGCGGACGUUCUCCCAGCUCCUGAUGCCCACCCCUGAUGUACUUCUAGGCAGCCACCAAAUCCCUCCUGAGCCUUUGCUUCUCCAGGCUGAAGAGUCCCAUGGCUCAGCCUAUUCUCAUAAGGUCUGUUCUCAUGUGCUCUGACCAUGCGCAUGGCUCCUCUGGACUCUCUCAAGCUUCUCCACAUCCUUUCUAAAGUGCAGAGCCCAGCACUGGAUGCAGUACCAGGGCCGAGUAAAGCAGGAGGACGACUUCCUGGGUCUUGCUUGAGAUGCAUCGGUAGAUGCAAGCCCGGGUGGUGGUUGCUUUGCAGCUGCGGUAUCGCAUUGGUGGCUCCUGUUCACUUUGUGGGCAAUCAUGACCCCCAAGUCUCUUUUGGUCGUGGUGCUAGUGAGUGUAGCGCUGCCGAGCCUGUAAGUGUGAUGCAAGUUUUUUCAGUAUAAACACUGAACACAAUUUAGGAUGCACCUAAAUUCAUUUAGGGCUGGUAAAUGAUGCUGGAAGGGCAGCCCAAGGAAACCGAAGGGGCCCUUUAGCCUGGCCUAGCUGCAAAUCUGCAGCCAUGCCAUGUCCAGCCAUGAGACUUGUCCCUGCCCUGGGGCACUAGCUGUAGGUGAUGGGCAAGUGGUGGCUUCUAACCCCUUCCCUCCUUGGCCUUGCUUGUGAGACUGACAGGGGUUGCUGAUGAGAGCACCCACCGUUCUUGUGUUGCUCCAUAGUGGGGGGUCUCCAAACUCUGCAGUGCUUGAGCUUUAUUGACAUGGCCACAAGAUGAUCAAAGCAGAGCCUCCGUUUGCCUCUGGGGCCCCUGGCAGCUGACCUGUGGCAGCUGAGUCCACCAGUAGCAAAAAUAGCAAUUAAAAACCAAUCCUAUCAAGUCCCUUUGAUGAGCCUUAGCCUCGCCUAGCAGCACUGGGCUGUGUUUGUGGAUCUGUGCUUUGAGCGGCCCCCAUGUGCCAGUUCAAAGCCUUGUGACGUGAGUAAUGAUGCCAGGGCCCUUUCCGUGGUUGGAGGCAUGGGUUUGCACCAUGUAGCCCAUGAAAUAAUGGCCCUUCGCAGUUCUUUUCUGCCCUGUCCUUUGCUUUCUGUGCAGUCGCAUGGUGUAUAGCUACUUAGGGGUGCCUCAAAGCCCUUACGUACCAACCUCUGCACUGUAGACCGCAAGGUCCUCCCUCAGCAACUGUCCAGACUGACUCUGGAAACUGCUGGGUGUCAAGGUUUGAGGUCAAGUCUGCCCCGGUCGCACCCCACAACCCCUCUUCGCAACGUGUUGAGGACUCGCCUGGGCUCAGCCAGCUAAAAACAAGACAGUGGUUCUCAGUCUUUCUGGAUUCAAGGCACCCCCUCGGUAGACGCAAAGGCCUCCUCGGAAAAUGCCAGCGCUUUAUGUUCACUUGUUUUUUGCCUGUGGAGAAAUCAUAUGGCAAGUCUGCUGGUGCAAAGAGCUCAGCGAGAUGCCAGCAGGUCAGAGCAGUUCUAGCACUGUGGAUUCCUACUGACAUCCUUGAAACGAUCUCAAGGCACCCCAGGGUGCUGCAGCACCCUGGUUGAAAAUCACUGCCAUAGGAGGGCCUCCUACAGCCAUCCCACAGUUCCCUGCCCUCGACUCCCAGCCCUUCGGUGCCCUGCUGCCUCUUCCUGCUGCUGGGUCGGGAUGAAAACCAAGCACACGAAGAGGGAGAAGUCGCGGGUAGCCAGAUUCCCAGAAAAGCUGUGCUCAAGGACCGGGAAGCAGGAAACAGAGGUGGGGAAGGGGUGGCUCAUGUGGUCCUGGCUGGUUGAGGGCAUUCCUAAAUGCCAGCAUAGACAAUUGCCUUUAUCUUCAGAGCCGUCUCAUUCAUCCCCCAUUUGCAGGAGCAUUUCUCCAUACAGGGCAGCCUGUGUGCUCUCCUCUACCAGCAAUCUGUGCUCACACCAUGGAGCUCCCCCUCCAGAAUAGCAGGCAUCCUCCCAUCUGCCUUGUCUAAUGGGCAUGAAACUCUUUCUCCCCGGAUCCUACAGCAGUGCCCGCCGCCAGCCGGCUGGUGACUGGGCCCCCCGCGGCUUAGGACCAGAGCCAGGAUCACUAACAAACUUGCCAGGCACUUCAAACAACCAGGCAGGAUGCAGCUGUGUUUGAGAUAAAGCAAUCCUAGAGAUGCUGAUAGAAAAGGGCCAGCAAGAGAAAGCCCUAUUGAGGGAGCCUGGACCUCUGUUGGCCGUGCCUUGGGAACACUGCUGUCUGAAGACCUGCUCAGCGCUUGGAGGAAGUUUGUUUUGGACCGAGCUUGUCUUCAGAGCUAUUCCCAGACCCAACCUCGGCUCCAGACACGCUGGCCCGGGCACCGAGGGAGCUUGGUUCUGGGUGCCCGCUGCAGCUGACCCUGCUCCAACAGCCCCUUGCAAGUCCAGGAAGCUCACGUCUGCUGUGGCGGGAGAUGAAGUCCCUUUUCAGGCAGGGCAAACACAGCGGGACAUCCCUCUUCAAGUCGAGGCUUGCUUGACUUCCUGAGCGCUGCGGAGCAAGUCCGUGCAGUUCAGAGGCAAUUCAAUACUCUGCAUAUAAGUUAGUGGCAAACGGGCACUGGAAUGCCCUUGGAAAGAGGCGCUGCCAAAAGGAUGUGGCUUUGCAAGGACGAGCAAGGGAAGACAAGCGCAUCCAUCAUCCCCCUCCUUGCCUGCACUGCCUGUCAGAAGCAGUAAGGAAGGGAUGAGCCAGGUGCCAUGCGCAGGGGACUGAAUCGGGGCCGUUUUGAGAGGCUGUCCAUCCCCAGAGGGUGCUGCUUGGGGGAGUCUAGUCUAGUCUAGCAGGGCAGGUAAGUGGCCGUGGGAUCCCUCCCUGCUCCACCAGACAAGUCCCCUUAUACUCCCCGGGUCUCAGGCUCUGGCAGCAAAGCAGGGGGUCACCCUUAACACCACGGGAGGGGGCUGCCCUGUCACAGCGAGGCUUGAGGCUUCCAGCUGGAUGGUGCAGCCCACUUCUUAGCUGGGCUGCAACAGGGCCCGGGCCAUGCUGUGCUGGUUGGGACAGCUGCCUCCGGACACUGCAAGAGAGCUGGGAGUUGGGGGGACACACAUCUCCCUGGACAUCUCUGGCUGCAGAGGCCAAGGCUUGGCUAGGACCAGGUUCACAGGGCUGACCCUCCUCAAGUGCAGCUGUGACCUGGGAGACUCUGCUCGUGGGAGGGGGAAGAUGAAGACCCAACUGGGGAGCAGGAGAAGCAGUUAAAGGGCCCAAAGAUGAAUGCAGCACAUGGGAAAGCUUGUCUGAGUCCAUCCCACCCGAGCCAUUGGGCCAAUAAAGUAUAUCACCCCCAA